AACCCGGAAGCGAGCGGCGGUGAACGAGGAGCGCGCGAGGAGCGGAAAUGGGCGGUCAGGUGUCGUCAGUGGAUAGCGUGCACGUGGUGGUUGUGGGCGGGGGGUUCGGGGGCGUGGCGGCGGCCCAGCAGCUGAAGUCUCGGGCCCUGAACUUCACUCUGAUCGACACCAGAGACGCUUUUCAUCACAAUGUGGCGUCGCUGCGAGCGGCGGUGCAGCCCGGCUUCGCUCAGAGAACCUUCAUCCCGUUCGCAGACACGUUCGGAGACAGUUUCGUUCAAGGUCGAGUGGAACGAGUCGACGUGGACAGACAGACGGUCGUCCUGCGGGGGGGCAGGGAAGUCCCGUUCUCUCACCUCAUCCUGUGCACCGGCACCGAUGGACCGUUUCCUGGGAAGUUUAACACGGAGGCGUCGUAUCAAAGCGGCGUCCGGGCUUAUGAGGACUUCACUAAACAGGUCCAGGCUGCAGACUCUGUGUUGGUGGUGGGGGGGGGGUCCACCGGUGUGGAGAUGGCUGCUGAGAUCAAGACGGAGCAUCCAGAGAAGAAGGUGGUUCUGAUUCACUCCAGGAUCGGGCUGGCCGACCCGGAGCUGCUGCCCAGCGUCCGACGUCAGGCCAAAGAAGUUCUGCUGCAGAAAGGAGUGGAGCUGCUGCUGGGUGAGAAAGUGGACAACCUGUCACAGCUGCAGCUCAACGUCACCAACAAGAACAUGGAGGUGACAACGGAGCGAGGAGAGACUCUGUCCACGGAUCUGAUCGUCUGCUGCACUGGACAAAAGGUCAACUCUGCAGCGUACGACUCCAGCUUCUCCGCCAGCAUGGCCGACAGCGGCGCUCUGAAGGUCAACCAGCACCUGCAGGUUCAGGGUUUCACCAACGUCUACGCCGUGGGCGACUGCACUGACGUCAAAGAGCCAAAGAUGGCGUACCACGCCCAACUGCACGCCGCUGUCGCUGUUAGCAACAUCGUUAACAGUCUGAGGGGGAAGGAGCUGACGUCCUAUCACACAGGUAACGUCACCAUGUUGCUGGCGAUGGGCCGAGACGACGGCGUGGGGCAGUUUAACGGGUUGAAGUUACCACGAUGUGUCGUUGUUCUGGGGAAGAGUCGAGAUCUGCUGCUGUGGAAGAGCUGGAGGGAGAUGAAGCAACAACAACCCUGACUGACACACACACACACACACACACACACACACACACACACACACACACACACACACACACAACACA